CCACCCUCCCCAAGCCACACUCCCCGGGCAUCUGCCAACGAAACCGCUUUGACUGAACACUGGUGCCCGAACGCCUUGUUUCCCUGCUGCGUUGGUCCCCCGUGUUCUACUGCCGUCCCGUGCUAGUUCCCUAUUGCUCGUCUUCCUUCGUUUCAAACACCUACUUGGAUUUACAGCGAAGCCGACUCCGCUACCAGCCAGCUCAAGUCUCAAACGCGAUCCACCUGCGAGACUCCCUGCAUCAUUAUCUAUCUCCUUCUUUUGCCCCAGGCCCCACCGCCCGGCCAUCCCACAUAACACUAGCACCGACCACGCUGCUGGGAGAGCGCCCGUCUGCUUGAAUUCAAACAACUUUCUAUCGCAAAACAGUGACGCUUGGCAUUGACGCCGGCGAAUGCUGACACCCAACGAAGCUUGCGCGGACUACUCCUCGAUCCCCAUUGAGGGGGGUUGUUGACAUGAAUCCGGCAAACUUCACCAAUGUUGGCGGGGGCAUGAAUGGCGGAGUCAAGCCGCAUGGCCAGAUGCAGCUCCCGCAAAAGGCGGAAAACAAUCAGAUAAUCCUCAGUCAAGUCGCCCAGGCGCUGCAGGCACAGGGUCAGUAUUCGGGUUGGCGAGCGGAUGUCCCUGUCAGGGAGCGAGCCCUCAAGGUGUAUCAAAUGAUCACCUCCCUCCGUCUAAUUCAACCCCGGAUCGACAUGCAGAAUGCUGCGCAUGCUGCUUUGACUUUUGAACAGAAGGCGUUUAAAGAUGCUAGCCAGAAGGCCGAUUACGAAAGGGAAUGCAACGAUAAGCUCCUUCAUAUCCGGGAUACUCGUGCGAGGCAGGCAGCCGUGAUGCAAGGUGGAAUGAUGCCCCAAGGGCCGGCAGCGGGAAUGCCCGGAGUGGGACAGUCGCCAUUUCCUCCCCAAAUGAAUCGCCCCGUGCAAGCGUCACCAAUGCCCGGACAGCAACCAAUGUCGAUAAGCAUGGGCGAACUGAAUCAACAAGCUGCUAUGCAACAACGCCCACAACCGCAACAGCAGCAUCAGAACAUCCUCCAACAACAGCAGCAGCAACAACAACAACAACAACAACAACAACAACGCCCGCAACAAAGAACAGGUGGCGGAGCAGCGCUUUCGGACGACUUGAAUACCCUUUCACCCCAAGAGUACGAUCAAGUCUGUCGCAUAGCGAGUCAAAUCAUCUCGAAAACCUCUCCAGAGGAUCUAGAGAAGAUUAAGAUGAAUUUGCAGAACAUGACACCAGAGCAGCGAGGGUACUUGCAGAGAAAGAAUAUGGACCCGAUCACCUAUUUCUUUCGCUCUCAGGCUCUUACUCAGUUGAAGAGGUACAAGCGGAACCGGAACGAUCUACCUCGCCAGCCAAGUGCCGGGGUUGACCCUAACAGUGCCAUGCUAGGCGACCCCAUGCUGAACACACAACGACAAAUGUUCCAGAAUAUGAUAAACCUGCAGCGCAACUCGUUUUCGAUGGGAAACCAGCAAAACCUGGACCCAUCGUCCUUUAUUGGCAAUGUUGAGAACAUUCAGGGGCAGCAAGCCGAUGGGUUGCGCUCUCAGGAAGCAGGGCAGCUUGUGGUGCCUGCUAGUUCCUCGCAAAUGAACCAACCACCCUUCACCACGCCACAAAAUAUGUUCCAGGUUGGCCAGCAGCUUGGCCAGGGCGCCCAAGCAAAUAUAAACGGCUCUGGUAUAAGCCCUCAGUUCAUAGCCCAGCAACAUGUACAGAGUGCACAGCCUAUGCAGCAGGAUAGAUCGCAGCAAGCAUCUCAAUUUCCAGCACAACCCCAGGCACAAUCUCAGUCGGCCCAAGACCAAGCACGGGUGCAAGCAGCGGCGAAAGUCCAAUUCGCCAUGUCCCACCAAAACCAACCGGGCGCCCGAAUGCAGCAUCAAAUGUCCCAGCAAAGUCCGGGCAUAACCGUGUUGAAUCGACCAAUGGCCCCAGGGCAGAUGUCUCCGGCACAGAUGGCGGGUCAAGUCCGGCCACCAUCCCGACCGCCAGGCAUGGGACAGCAGCCUUCCAACGUUCAGUCCAUGAAUGGACAGCCGUCUAUGCAAAGACCUCAGAUUCCUCCCAACCUCCCUCCCGCAGUCCAGGAGCAGCUCAACGGAAUGACAAAUGAGCAGUUGACCAUGUUUCUCAUGAAUCAACAGCGUCGUGCGUUGGCGAACAACAACGCUUUAAAUAGGGCAAAUGCCUCGCAACAACAAAUGCCUAUGCAACAAAAUCCGCCCCAGUCCAGCCAAGGCCAGCAGAUGGUCAAUGGCCAAAUGAUGAACGGUCAGAUGGGAAAUGGUCAGAACCUGCGGGCUUCUCUGAAUCUGCAACAGCAGCUGGCGAACAUGGGCGGUGCCCAACCGCCUAACCAGAUGUUGCCCGGACAGAUGUCUGUUCAACAGCGCCAGCAACAGCAGCAACAACAGCGCCAGCAGGAACUCUACAAACUUCAGCUUCUUCGUCAGCAUAGCGGAGGGAUGGAAAUGUCCUCCGAGCAGGUGAAAGAAAUGGAUCGAUUGCAUUUCCCUCCAGCAAUCUUGCACAAUAAUCCGAGCAUCUCCUCAGCUGUACCAAAGCACAUCAAAACCUGGGGUCAACUGAAACAAUUGGCGAUUACAAACCCGCAGCUUCUGGGAGGCGUAGAUAUCUCUAAGCUGAUGGGGCUGCAGAAACUUCAUCUCGCACAGAUUCUCGCUCAAUCAAAAGAAAACGUUCGCAACCCCGAGCAGGCUGGACAGCAUCCCUGGAUGCCAAUGCAGUUCCAGGGGCAGCCGCAGCCCUUGAUGAAUCCACAGCUUCAAGCUGUUCAGCAACAGAUGCCAAUGAACAUGCCGGUCAUACGUCCCAUAAGUGCGCAGGAUAUUCAAUUAGCCCGCCAACGACUUGGCAAUCAGGUACAAGGCCUGAGCGACGAUCAGCUCCGAGACUUAUUGCACAAAAGCAGGCAGAAGCAGAUCCAGGCGGCCCAGAACCGAGCGGCACAGGCUCUAGCCCAGCAGGCUCAACAAAGCCAGUCGGUACCGCAACCCCCGGUUACUGUGCCACCUACUCUCCCCCAAGCUAAACCGGAGUCGCAGCCUUCCCAACAAACAGCACAGCAGGCCCAGCAAAGCUUGACGGGAAACACUCAAGCUCCGCCUGCAUCGGUUGGGAAGAACGCGAAAGGACCCGUUGCAAAACAGGCACUGAAGAGGAAGGUGCAACAUGACGAGCCCACCGAACCUCAGACAAUACCCGCACAGAAGCCAGCCCCGCCUGCAGCUCCUCAAACAGGGUCAACUUCUACACAGGCCAGGCCAAGUAUUCCCUUCACUCGUGAGCAACUGGCUGCUAUGAAUCCCCAGCAACGCGCACAAUUUGAGAUGCACCUGCGCAGGCAGCAGCUCCAGAGCCGCGGUUCCAUCAGCAGAGCGUCCGCGGAAGAAGCAUGGAAUAAUCUGCCCGAAAGGUUCCGGCAAAUGUACAAUGAGAUAUCGAGAAACUUGCCUCCAAUCGAGCCGGUCGCCAUUACGCCAGAGCAGAAGGCAACCAUGUCCCAGCAACUCCGGGAUAUCACAGAUUACCUAGGUAGAAUGGACGCGCUUGUCCAAUUCAUCGCAAAGAUUCCGGGCCAAGACAAAAAUGUGCGCAGUCUGCUUGGAAUGCGGAUCCACCUAAUGAGGCAAUUCAAAGCUGGACCUAAUUGGACUCUAAAUGAUCAAAUUACCCUUACGCCAGAUUAUCUCUCGGGCACAACUAAUUAUAUAAAGAAGCUGUUCCACCAUAUGAUCGCGCGCGUCAAUCAACAGCAAAACCAGGUACCGGGCCAACGACCCGGCGUCUCCCAAGGAGCACCCGCACAGCCCAGCCAAUCAAACAUGCCCGCCCUGAACGCGAGCAACCUGCAACAACUGCAACAGCAGGAGGAAGCACUUCAACGGGCCCGCAGAGCCUCCAGCCAGACUGUUUCGGGCGCUUCUGCCAUCCCGCAAGCACCGUUCGGAGCACCCUCUCCCCAGGGUGUCCCUCAUGCUUAUGGUCCGGGCAGCAUCCCCCCGGAGCAACUGAAACUACCCCCUCCCAAGAAACGGAAGCAGUCUCAUGCUGGUGCUACACCGGCUCCGGGCACACCGGCUUCCAAGCCGCAGGCAAUCAAGCAGGCCGACUCAAGGUCGACUGGCGCGGCCUUGGGUGGUGCUUUCAAAUGCAGUGUCCCGGAAUGUCAGAAUCACUUGCAAGGCUUCGCGACUCAGAUCGCAUUGGAGAAGCACACCGAAGAAGCCCACAGGACCGAGGAGCUGAUUGAGAACCCGUUAGAAUUUGCCUUGGAAAGUUUCCGGAACAGCCUCGUGAAGGAAGAAGAUAAGGGUGGACUGCAGGGCUUGAAGAAUACCCCACAGGUUACCGGUAAACCCGGUCCGAUCUCGUCUCCGUCAAAGAAUGAAGUCAAACUUGAGGCGGCCACUCCACUGCCCCCUAGUGGUACUCCUAUGGGGCGGGCUCCCAGCCAAUUAGGCCCGAAGCCUGGUUCCCCGGCGUCGAACCAGCAAUUAACCCCUCGAACGUCUACGGCUAAGGGCCCCAUCUCGUCUCCCCUCAAACCAACGGCCAGCAAGGACGGCAAGAAAGAGCCGACAAAACCAGCCGAGCAGGGACCCGCGGUGGAUGCGGCGCCCCAGGAUCUGUGGGCAAGCAGUACGGUCUCCCUUGAUGCGAUACAGGACACAUUCAUGGAGUUUGCCGACGACGGCGGCCUGGGAUUCGGUCCUAUGGACGAAUUCUUGAAUCCGGAGAUGUUCACCAACACGCAAGCAAAGGACACGCCAGAUUCCGUCGAGACGGGCCUCAUUACCCAGACCCCGAAAGAUAGUGAGCUUCCCAAGACAGAUGACUUGGCCAGCAAGAAAGACUUGGUUGAAGACAGCUGGCUCCCCGCGGAUUGGAUCAGCUUUCCGGGUCGACUGGAUGAUGGGGUUCUGCUGAAUGAUUCGUGGGAGGACAUCGAUUGGGAUAUGAUCGACCGCAAAGACGGGGCGAUCAAUGUUGACGAUAGCGGCAUUGCGAUUUGCGCCUUAUAGGGGGUACAGUGUCACGAGAAGUGUUUAUGAUUUGAGCAGGCGAACGGCGUGCGGACUAUUCUCAUUUGGCAUAAACCACGAAUGAUUCCUGUACAUUAAG